CAGGUUGCAGUCACCGCAUAAUGAACUCUUUACUGUGUUAAUUUGCGCAGGAGUUGUUUUCCCACCCACUUUUCUGUGUGGACUUUGAUAUAAAACAUUGUAAUUAUCAUCGACAUAAGGGGAAGUGAAGUGUCAAAGAGGAGCAGAGGAAAAACUUCAUUAAAAAAGCAUGAGCACACAAUCUUCAGGUCGGAAGACCCCAGUGGACUACGGUGUCCAGAUCCGCUUCAUCAAUGACCUCCAUGACACUGGCGGUGGGCAGCCGGCACCCCAGCCAAAGACCAAGACCCAGGCCACCGCCAAGUACGGUGUGGCGGUCAGGGUGCAGGGUAUUGCUGGCCAGCCAUAUGUGGUACUGAAGGAUGGAGAGAAAGGAGACUCGUAUGGUGUCCAGCUCAGGACAGAUUACCCCUCUGGUUAUAGUAGCCUUCCCCGGCGGAGAGAGAAAGCAGAGCCAGGAACACAGGGGGAAGAUGUAGGGGAAAGAGGAGGGCAGGGAGGGGCACUACGCCGGGCCCAGUCCCAUGGGUCGCUGCUGGACAGGGACGGAGAGAGAGGGGCAGGCAAUGAGGAUUUUCAGCUGCCUAGGCCACCAGGGGAUGGGAAGUCUGGUAGCUAUGGGAAUCUGGAUGGAGGAAUUGGAGUAAGGGGAGAGAGAGAGCAGGUUCGACGUGUCGGUGGUACAGAGGGGGAAAGUAAUAUGUGGGAUGGUUCGAACAAAGCACGGCUCAACGGGUCACUGGGGUCAGUGAGAGGCAGUCAGUCUUACCCUGACCCUCCUCAGCAAACAAACCAGAGAGCGACUCCUGUCAACAGACUAAUAAACAGGUUUGAUGGUAACACUGGAGGCCAACAGAGAGGACUCCCUGCUCAACAACAAGAUCCCAGAGCUACAUCUCCUCUCGUCACCCCCAGCGCCUACACCUCGCCUCCGUCCUCAACUCACAGCAGCCUGGGACGCAGUCAGGCCGCUGUCACCAAAUUUCCAGGACACUCUACUGAUCAGUGGACUUCACCAGGGAGAUAUUCUGCUGCAGAGACGCCGCAGGCCAAUCUCACUGAGGGACAAGUGACUCCUGACCUUUUGCUGGACCAGGGUCAGAGUGCAGAGAUGAGCAGUGAGGAGGAGCAGUUCAUGCAGACUAUAUACAACAUCCUGAGACAAGGGACCAACGAGAGUGAUGUUGUCAUCAAGCACAAAGUCAAGGUCAUCUUUCAGAAGAUCCAGAAUCUAAAGCAGCUCAAAGAAAGACCUCAGGAAGAGUGGAUGAGAGAAAAGCGGGAGCUUGAAAGAAAGAUGGCUGAACUACAAACUGCCCUGCAGGCGGAAAGAAGGGACUCUGUCUGCAAUUCUGAUCCUGCUCUGAAAGCUGAGCUGGAGUCCUGUCUGGAUGAAAAUCUGCAGCUCCGGGAAAUGCUGGACCGGAAGAAGAAAGAAUUAAAUGAAACCCAAUCAGAGCUGACUCAGCUGCGUAUGGACAGGGAGAACGCAGAGGCACGGGUCAGGGACAUGGAGGACCAGCUGGCUGAGUUUCAGGAUGAACUGAGAAGAGAUAACGGAAACAAGACGGAUCUGAUGUCUUGUCAGACACAGCUGAUGGAGGUGUGUCAGCUGAAACAGAAGCUGGAAGACGGGCUAAGACAGAGAGAGAGGGAGCUCACAGCGCUCAAAGGAGCGCUGAAGGAAGAGGUGGCCACACAUGACAAAGAGAUCGAGGUGCUCAGAGAGCAGUACAGCGCCGACAUGGAGAAGCUCCGCAGCAGCAUGGAGCAGGUGUCUCAGUCUCACGCAGGCAUCGAGGCAGAGCGGUUGCGUGUCAAUGCGUCUGUUCGCUCCCUACAGCAGCAGUUGGAGGACUGUAGAGAUGAGAGCAGCCACUGGAUGGAGCAGUUUCACGCCAGCAGAGACGAACUUCGAACAACCAAACAAGAAGAGCCACCCAGCAGCCCUGAAACACCACUCCUGCAAACGCGUCUGGAAAAAGAGGAGUUUGAGGAGGAACUAAAGGAGCUCCAGGAUAAAGUGAGCAGCAUGAAACAACAGAGACCGGACCCGGUCCACACUCAGACGCUCAACCAGGAACUUCAGCGAUACAAUGCUGAUCUACAGAAGGCCAGGUCUGAAGUGGAGAAGCACAGGACGGAGUUUGACAAGAAGGUCAUGGAGGUCAUCUCAAUAAAGAAAUCUCACCAGGGCCAGGAGGCAGAACUGAAGUAUGAGAUUGACAGACUCAAGGACCAAUUACAGAAGGCCAGAGUGGAUAUUUCCAAGACGCAGGAGAAGAACAAACGGCUCCCAGACCCAACAAUCAUCUCAGAUCUGGAGCAGAAGCUUGGUGAGACACGUGGGGAAGCGAGCCAGCUCAAAGAGAAGCUCUCAUCAGCUGAGGAGGAAGUGGAGGCCAGUAAAACCCGUCUCAAUAGAGCUCAGAUGGAAGUUAAAUCGCUCCAAGAUGCCCAGCAGGAGCAGGAAGAGGCCAACACGCGUCUCAAAGAUAAACUCUCACGGUUGGAGGCUCAGCUGCAGAACAACGCCACAGAAAGCUCCGAGGCAGAGCUCUCCCUCCACACUGAGGUGAGAGGGUUGAGAUCUGAGCUGGAUGAGAACAAGAGAAAAGCUUCCAGACUAAGCCAGGAGCACCGAGAACUCAUCCUGCGUGUGGAGGAUACUGAGAAAGACAAGGAGACACUGAAACAGACCUUCAACCAGCUGGAAGAGACCAAACGACAGCAGGAAAGAGCUCUGGAGAAACUCAACAAAGAGUAUGAGUCUCUGACGGUGUCCUCAAGAGAGGAGGCGCAGACUCUCAGGGUUCAGCUGGAGGAGCAGAAAGAGAGGGCACGCAAGGAAAUGCAGGAGGUGCAACGUCAUGGAAAAGAUGCUCAGAGUGAACUGGAAAGAAGUCAUCUAAAUCUGAGGAGACUGGAGGAAGAGAUGCCACGACAGAAGAAGGAGCUUCUACUUGCAUGCGAGGAGAGAGACAACCACCAGCUGGAUAAAGAGCUUCUGACCAACAGGCUGCGUCACCUCGAGGGAGAGAUGGAGGCCAACAAAAACGGCAACAAUGAGAAAACCCGGGAGAUUCGCAUCCUGGAAGACAAGCUGAAGCGCGUAGAGUUGGAGCUGGAGGAGGAGAGAAGCAGCGCGGAGAUGCUGACGGACCGAGUGGCCAGGAGCAGAGACCAAAUCGACCAGCUCCGCUCUGAGCUAAUGCAGGAGAGAUCCUCCAAACAGGACCUGGAGCUGGACAAGAACGCCAUGGAGAGACAUCUGAAAGAGCUGAGGAGUCGUGUGGCCGACAUGGAGGGCCAAUCUCGCUCCUCAGCAGGAGUCUUGCAACUGGAAAACAAGAUCCAGGAGCUGGAAGAACACCUACGCAGUGAGGAAAGGGAGAAGAACUCUGUGAUAGCGUCUCAACGACGUCUGGAGAGGAAAUUAAAAGAUCUCAACAUGACGCUGGAUGAGGAGAAACAAACGCACACUGAACAGAGAGACCAGCUCGCUCUGAGAGUGAAAGCCCUAAAGAGGCAGGUGGACGAAGGAGAGACGGAGCUGGAAAGGCUAGAUGGAAUGAGGCGAAAGGCCCAGAGAGAAAUGGAGGAACAGAUGGAGCUCAAAGAAGCCUUGCAGGCCAGAGUCUCAGUGCUGGAAACUGAGCUCAAGAGAAAAGCCCAGGCAGCAAUGCGCCCAACUUUGGAUUCAUCAGCCCUCAGUUCAGAUGACGACGACGACAGCCUGUACGAUCCGUCCACCAUCACCUCCAUCCUCACUGAGAGCAACCUCCAGACCAGCUCCUGUUAAAACAGCACUUAGGGACGGGGUGAGGGAGGGACCACGUACCACUGUUAAGGGAAAAAGAAGUGGAGGUUAGCUGCUUUGUAGGCUGGGAGUAAAGCCAGAAGGCAGAAUGGUAUGCACUACAGACAAUGGGGGAGGGCUGCAAAGACCUGGGACUUAAUUGACAUUGUGGGGGGAAAUCUUUUCCACACCAUUGUGAGUGGAAGGAAACAAACAUCCUCCGCAUUUCAGGGUAUUUCCUUCAGUCUACAAUGUACACGAAGUACUCCACGGUACAGUUGGAAGGACUCCCAACAUGCAAAAGAAUUAAAAAUACCUCUUGCAUUUUUUUUUUUUUUUUAUACAAAUUCAGUAUGUCAAACCAUUUCAGGGUUGAGAUUCUGGGUCAAGCACUUAUGGUAUCCAAGUCUACCUUUGACUGAACAAUAAAAAAGUACUCUGUGUGGACAGUUUAGCUGUUGGCUCUGGAGCACAGCCGUCAGCUGACUGCCUCACACGUUCUGCACCCCGUCACACACAUUGGGUAGAACUUCUGACAAUAUGGUCCAAACGCUGACAUUGAGUGCAUUCAUGAUUGAGAAACCAUAAGCAAUAUAACGCAUAAUUACUCUCACGCUGGUUUUCUGAAAGUUGAUUUUCCUAAUUGUAAUGGUUUAAGUACUGCAAAUGAUUAGUACUGAAUGAAAUCUGGAGUGAGUUUGUGUAAAACAAAAUAUCACUUCUUCGUUUAUUCCACUAAUCCACACUUUAAAUACUAUAAAUGUGAUAGAAGCCUGUUGUUGGUGUAAAGGUUUCCAUUAGUUUUGUCUGUAUUCACUGUAUCUGAAGCAGCUUCCUGGUCGAGGUGCAACAGAUUUUUGGUUUUGUGAUUUAUAACUUUGAGGACAGAUGGGUCCUUUGUCUGAAUAUCACAUACUUAUCUGUAGUGCAAGAUAAUGGCCAAAAUAUCUUAGUGUCCGAUUAAAAACUUUACAAAUGUAUUGUAGAAGCUGCACAAUAUCUAUGCAUUCCCUUUAUAGCAAGUCACUGAAAUAUAUGCUCAUCAUUUCAUUAUGAUGCCUUAAAAUUGUUAAAAGAUAAUUUUGUAUGUAAUUGUUUAUCUGAAUGAUUUUUGUAAAAUGUUUGUAUUUAACAUUUGUAGAUUUAAUUUUUUUGAGUCCUGAGUUGAUUUUUGUAAACAGUUUGAACAAUCAGUCGCAGAGAUAAUAACUGUAUUACAUGUUUCUCCGUAUCUUUUCAGUGAAACUGGAAAAUGGUACUUAAUAUGAUUUGUUAGACUGUCGAGUAUAAAGCUGUUUAAUUUGAAAAUGCUGGUAUAUACUCAACAAAUUCCCAAUGUGUAAUUCACAAAAUAGAGAAUCUUUCUAUUGCGUAUUAAUUUAGUAACAAUAAAAAUGAAACCAUUCAAGUUAAAUAUG